UACUCUACCCGCCCCGCCCAACCCGCCUUGGGUGGGAACUGGGUCCGUGACGUCCGGCAGAAGCGAUCUGAAGAGCCGAAGAAAAAGAUUACACUAAAGCCCUGUGAAGCGGCCCGGGGUUCGAAGGCUCCUUGCCCCCCAGGGCCUUGCCCUGCUCGGCGGCGACUCCCACGCGCCUGCGCACUCAGUCCGCCCCGCCUCCGCCGGCGGGCGCGCGCCGCGCGCGCGGCCCGAGAGGCUCUGGUGCGCAGGCGCGGACCCGCAUUCCGAGGAGUGACGCCGCGAGUGCGCGCGGCGCAUUUCCGCCUCUGGCGAAUGGCUUGGGCGUAGGGCGCGCGCCGCGCCGCGGGGGCUCCAGCUGCGACCCCGGCCCCGCCCCCAGGACCCCGGCCAUGGAGGACUUGUUACCCAUGAUCUUCGCUUCGGAUUCGCCCCCGGCCCGGGGCCCCUUCGUGGAGAUCAUCGAGCAGCCCAAGCAGCGGGGGAUGCGCUUCCGCUACAAGUGCGAGGGCCGGUCUGCGGGCAGCAUCCCCGGGGAGCGCAGCACGGACACCACCAAGACGCACCCCACCAUCAAGAUCAAUGGCUACACAGGACCGGGAACCGUCCGCAUCUCGCUGGUGACCAAGGAGCCCCCCCACCGGCCUCACCCUCACGAGCUGGUGGGGAAGGACUGCAGGGACGGCUUCUAUGAGGCCGACCUCUGCCCUGACCACUGCAUCCACAGCUUCCAGAACCUGGGGAUUCAGUGUGUGAAGAAGCGAGAUCUGGAGCAGGCCAUUGCCCACCGCAUGCAGACCAACAACAACCCCUUCAAUGUGCCCCUGGAAGAGCAGCGUGGAGAUUAUGACCUGAAUGCAGUUCGGCUCUGCUUCCAAGUGACCAUCCGGGACGCUGCGGGCAGGCCCCUCGUGCUGCCCCCGGUCCUCUCCCAUCCCAUCUAUGACAACCGGGCCCCCAACACCGCGGAGCUGAAGAUCUGCCGCGUGAACCGAAACUCGGGCAGCUGUCUGGGAGGGGACGAGAUCUUCCUCCUCUGUGACAAGGUGCAGAAAGAGGACAUCGAGGUGUGCUUCACGGGCCAGGGCUGGGAGGCGCGAGGCUCCUUCUCGCAGGCCGACGUGCACAGGCAGGUGGCCAUCGUGUUCCGCACCCCGCCGUACGCAGAACCUGCCCUGGCGGCGCCCGUGCGGGUCCACAUGCAGCUCCGGCGCCCGUCCGACCGGGAGCUCAGCGAGCCCAUGGAGUUCCAGUAUCUGCCGGACACAGACGACCGCCACCGGAUUGAGGAGAAGCGCAAGAGGACGCUGGGCACCUUUAAGAACAUCAUGAAGACGAGUCCUUUCACCGGCAACUCAGAUGCCUGGGCACCUCCCAGGCGCAUCGCGGUGCCCUCCCGCAGCAGCACGGCCUCUGCCGCGAAGCCCCCGGGUGUCCUCCCCGGCCUACCCGCCUCUGUCUCCCAGCCCUACUUCCCCCCGUCCCUCAGUACCAUCAACUUGGAGGAAUUUUCUCCCAUGGUCUUUGGCUCGGGUCAGGUCCCGGCCCCAGCCCUGGCCCCUGCCCCCCCCACUGCCCCCUCCUUGGGCCCGGCCCCAGCCCCGGCGGCCCCCGCCCCGGCCCUGCCCCAGCUCCCCCAGUCCGGGGAGGGAAUGCUGUCCGAUGCCAUGCUGGGCCUGCAGUUUGAUACCGAUGGGGACCUGACCGAGCUCCUGGGAGACCCAGACGGCACCUACGCCAACCUCGCGGCCAUCGACAACUCCGAGUUCCAGCAGUUGCUGAACCAGGGGAUCGCGGGUUCCCUUGAAGGCCCUGGGCCCUCAGGGGAGCCCAUGCUGAUGGAGUACCCCGAGUCCAUCACCCGCCUGAUGACGGGGCCUCAGCGUCCCCCUGAGCCCGGCCCGGCCCCUUCGGGGCCCUCGGGGCUGGCCAAUGGUCUGCUGGGAGCGGAUGAAGUCUUCCCCUCCGUGGGGGAUAUGGACCUACAGGCCUUCCUGAGUCAGAUCAGCUCCUAAGAGGGGCUGGGGGCCCGCGGGGGACACGCUCCACCCGGAACACCCCGAUGCUGCUCCCACCCCCUUGAGCUUCUCUGGGGACGCUGUCUCGCUGGAGUGGGAGGAGUGAACCCUAUUUUAUACUAUUUUA